CAAAGUACCUUAAAGAUGGAUAUAGAAGACUGCAAUGGACGCUCCUACAUAUCUGGAAUCUGUUCUUCCUGGAAGGUGAGUGGCUGAGUUCACCCUACCACUGCCAUGCAGACAUGCACACACAGCCUGUAUUUCAGUGCUGUUUCCAAGGAGUUGGCUGUGAGAACACUCCAGGGUAUCUUCAGCAAGGUAGAAUAAUGUAGUGGGGAUACCUCUCUGGAGAAAGAGUUCAGCUCGGCGCUCGUGGGACCCACGGUGAGCACCCCAAACAGCCAGCACUCCUCCCCGAGCCGCUCCCUGAGUGCAAACUCUAUCAAGGUGGAAAUGUACAGUGAUGAAGAAGCGAGCAGGCUGCUGUCGCAGGACGACCGCCUCCUUGAGAAAGAGGACAGCGUGAUUGUGGAGGACUCCCUCUCUGAGCCCCUGGGGUACUGUGACGGCACGGGGCAAGAGCCUCACUCUCCGGGCGGCAUCCGGCUACCCAAUGGCAAGCUGAAAUGUGACAUCUGCGGGAUGGUGUGUAUCGGCCCCAACGUGCUGAUGGUGCACAAACGGAGCCACACGGGAGAGAGGCCGUUCCACUGCAACCAGUGCGGAGCUUCCUUCACCCAAAAGGGGAACCUCCUGCGGCACAUCAAACUGCACUCUGGCGAGAAGCCCUUCAAAUGUCCCUUCUGCAACUACGCCUGCCGCCGGAGAGACGCGCUCACUGGCCACCUCCGCACGCACUCAGUCUCCUCCCCCACAGUCGGCAAGCCCUACAAAUGCAACUACUGCGGCCGGAGCUACAAGCAGCAGAGCACGCUGGAGGAGCACAAGGAGCGGUGCCACAACUAUCUGCAGAGUCUGAACACGGAGCAGCAGUCGCUGGCCAGCCAGCAAGGCGAUGAGAUGCGAGACCUGGAGAUGGUGCCGGAUUCUCUGCUUCACCCCUCGUCCGAUCGGCCGACGUUUAUUGACCGGCUGGCGAACAGCCUCACCAAACGGAAACGCUCCACACCUCAGAAAUUUGUGGGGGAGAAGCAGAUGCGAUUCAACCUCUCCGACCUCUCCUUUGAUGUGAACUCCAGCUUCGAGAAGGACGUGGAGCUGGUGGGCACCCACCACCCCAUCGACCCCAGUUACGGCAGCUCGCUGUCGUUUGUGGGAGCCGAGCACCUGCGUCCCCUCCGCCUCCCCUCCACAAACUGCAUCUCGGAGCUCACGCCUGUGAUCAGCUCCGUCUACACCCAGAUCCAGCCCAUCCCGGGCCGGCUGGAAAUCCCGGGGAGCCGAGAAGCCGCUGAAGGCCACGAGGACAUUCCCGAGGGGGCGCAGAUCGUGUACCGGGGGCGCGAGCAGGGCGUGUCGCCCAGCAAUGGCUGCCAGGAUUCCACAGACACGGAGAGCAACCACGAAGAGAGGACCUGCACCAGCAGCCGGCAGAGCCCAGCCUACGCCAAAGAGGACCCCAAGCUGCAGGAGGGCACCCCCGCUGCCCGCGCAACGCCCAGCUCAGCCAAAGACGUCCUGCGGGUGGUGAACGAGGAGGGGGAGCAGGUGAAAGCCUUCAAGUGCGAGCACUGCCGGAUCCUCUUCCUGGACCACGUGAUGUUCACCAUCCACAUGGGCUGCCACGGCUUCAGAGACCCUUUCGAGUGCAACAUCUGUGGCUACCACAGCCAGGAUCGGUACGAAUUCUCCUCCCAUAUAGUGCGGGGCGAGCACAAAGUGUAGGCUAACUCAAUCCUACCCCUUCGCCCUGAUCGCCCCGUGACUCCUCCCCCUGGCUCUAGCUCCGCCCCCUCCCGUUGGGCAUGGACCUGUUUUUCUUUUAUACUCCUUUGCACUGACUUUGGCUACAAAAUAUUUAAAAAAAAAAAUCAAUAAUUAAAAAAAAAAAUCACGAGGGGAGCUCUUAACGAUUUGCCUUUUUAUAAACGGAGUUAUUUAAAUAUUGUUAAUGGAUUUUUUACAUUCUUUGUGCUUUUCCUUCCUGGUCCUCCCUUAGUUAUUUAUUAAGCUUUUUAUUUCUUUAUAACUCUCUCCCUAAAGCUCUUUGAAUUUUUGUCAGAGACUUGAUCUACUUCUCUCUCUGCCGAGAGGAGCAUGUAAACCUCAAGCACAUGUUGACGUAACAUGCACACGCGUGAACACGCGUCUUAUGGUUUAAGCCUCUCGCCCCCGCCCCUUCCUUCUGACUCUUUUCGGUUUCAGUCCUGAGCCACCUGUCAAGCUGCCGUCGGGCAACGAGAGUCUCAGAUUAGGUGCUAAAGAGAAGAGAACUCCCCUGGCCAGGAAAGCCACAAGCUAGCCACAGGGGGUGUCCAUGGGGUGAACGCGCCCCAAGCUUUAAUGGGCGGUAUCUCUGUGGCAUGAAACUGCCUGGAACGCAGAUCAGUGCCCCCGGGAGCCCUCUGUCCCCGAGGCGGCUUUGUGACGAAGUCUCCUGGAGCAGGCAGAGAGGAUGGGACGAGGCACAGAGCAACUGGGGCGGAUGAAGCUGUCACAGUGCCUCCUGUUGAAGGAAGGUGGAGCUGUACAGGCCGCUUGCCAGGGCUCCGACGCUCAUGGCUUUUAAGUACAAACUGCGUCUCAGAUCAGAGGUAGGAGGGUAAAGGCUUGGAGGAUCUGGGUAGGAUCCAGCUGUGCCCGUGAGGAGCUGAAAGUACUUUAGCCGGGAGGAUAGCAAGCAUCUUUGAGUGGCGGCUUUGUUCUCCUCUGCUGGCUUGUUGAGCCCCCUCCGCUCCCAGAGAGCUGAGGAGAACACUGGCUGAAUUAGCUUCCUUCUGGGCAGCGUCCGGGGUCAGCUCUUGAGUAGCCUGGUAAGCGUGAGUAAGAAACAGGUGUAGGCCUCAGUCCUGGAUUAGGCACCUGUCACUGACUCCCGCUCCCCCAAAGCACUUUGCUUCCUUUAGCAAGCACAGUGGUGACCCCUCUGCCUGCUGAACCCUGGACUUGAUCCCACGAGGACUUUGGUAGUGUCACCUAGGGAACUGUUGCUGGGGACAGUAUCCAGGGAAGGAAGGACGGUCGUUAAACAGGUCAGCCCCUAGGAACCCCAAUCCCGUCGCUUCAUGCUGUGCUGCAUGGUUGAAGAGUUUCUUCCUCUUCGGCAGCUUUCCCCAGGGGCCGCCGCUGGGCACUUUGCCGUCGGAGUCCGUAGCUUCCCGGGGAGCACGUGUCUGGCUCUUAUUUGCACAGAGGACUUGGGUCAGUUGCAUAAGCCCUAAAGAGCUGCACUUUCAAUGCGAAAGCUUGUUGUUGGGUUGGGUUGGGGUCGUUUUGCCCCACAGGUAGUUGUGAUGCUGCGCGGCACAGCAGAGAGAUGUGGACGUUGUGUCUCUAGCACUUGCGCGUAAGCAGAUUGUGUCUUUAGAGUGAUGUGUUAAAUGUGUGAGUCUGGGGGGUGGGGGAUUUGCUGCAUCAGAGAAGUGGCUUCUGUUGAGAGUUGCGUCUGCCCCAGCAGACUGUUAACUACUGGGAGGUGCUCAAGCCCCCUGGGGGAGGGACUUGACCGGGAUCUUGCUUGGGUACUGUAGGGAAACAUCCAAGAAAUGGGGAAGGGUGACUGCUGGCUUCUGGGACUUGCAAAACCAGCAGGAUCUGUGGGGCUGCUGCUUCCAGGAGUAAGGGGAUGAGCAGGAAAUCAUGUCAAUGGAAACCCCCAAAAUCAUGAGGGGGGAGGUCCCCAGAAUCCUAGAACUACUGGGAGAGGGAUUUGAAAACAGUCCAUUCAGUCCGUGGACAACGAGCGGGAGUAGCCAAUGGACGGGCUUUCACCUGCGCCAGAGAGGCGGCAGAGAAGCAGGCAGCCUCCACCGUUAUUUUAUUUUUAUAGCAAACCCGCUCCCCAUCCCCUGCAGCUGGGAUCCUGACGGUACUUGCACUUGCAAGGGGCGUGAGAGUUACACCAGGCCACUAUGUGCAAAAGGGGUGGGGGGAUGUGCAGUCCCCGUCCCCCAUAAAUUGGUCAGUAGGCCACAGUGUCAAUUAACCCCACGGCUCUGUCUUAGGUAACGCUGCCCAUCGGAAACAGGGUGGGGGGGACCCCAGAGCCUGGCUGUGUUCCAGGGGCCAUAACUUGGGGGCGUGAGGGGAGGGAUCCCUGCUUUAUACCAAGGCCCACGAUGCAUAAAAAUAAUCACUCAACAGCAGCCCAACAAACUGCUCCCUUGAGGUUUAAACCAAAGGCUUGUUCUUUUUCUACUAAACCAAACAGAACCACCUCACAAGCGGCAACGCUCGCUGCUCGCUCUUUUCUUCUUCUUCUUCUUCUUCUUGCUUUUCUGUUGACGGUGUUUGUGUAUCCAGAUGUGAAACGAAACCGCUGAGCCGUUUUUUUUCAGAAGCCCGUUGGCGGCACAAACCGGCUUGGGCAGAAGGGCCUGUCGUGUCUGCUGCGAUGACCAGUCGAGGAGGUUAGGAAAGUUCCCUAGCAGACAUUCUCCACCCCCCUUCCCAGUGUAUAAAUCUAACAGCUGUGGUGCAAACUUGCUUAUUCCUUUCUGGUCUCUCCUCCCAGAAGUGGUUGUGAAAUGUUUGACUGGCUCAGAAAGCAUUUUGUACUGUAUUGAGCCCUGGCAGGCCACGAGAAAACAGACCAUAACAUCCUGGCAUUCUGAUCACCAUCUUCCAGCGGAAGUGCCAAAGAGAGCCGGGUUUUAUCAGUCAUUCCGGAGAGUGACCAAAGUUAGAUUGAGACUAAAAUUGAGCACUGACCUCCACAUUUGGACUGGGAUUUUUCAAAAGGCACCUAACUCUCAUUGACUUUCUCUGGGAGUUGGGCACUUCAUGUCUUCAAAGGUGUUUGAAAACCCCAAUCCUUAAGCUUCUAAAAUAAGUGGUCUGAUUAUUUUUUUUAUUUGGAAUUGGAGAGCACCCACAGCUGCUGUCGAAGGCCAGGAGAUCUGUAGGUGCCAGCACCUUUGAACAUAAAGCCACUUACUCGGGUAGGAGCCUGAUGUCAUCCUUGUUUGAACAUGUUGACCUCAUACUUUAUACCUCUCAAAAGGUGGGAUUCCUGAGCCGCAGACGGGGGUUUUAAACUCUAGUGGUUCUUGGGCUAGCAUCUGCUUUGAACAGAACUGCAGUGAGAAGCAAGAUGUUAAUCAGAAUGACAUGAUUCCGUUACUUCAGAGCAUUCAGUUCUAGGCCUAGUGAUCUGAGAGAUCUGACCUUUUCAAAGUCACUGCCUCAGCACUGGUCCAGUCCUCAAAAUACCAGGAUCUGGAGUCAAACCCUUUUCAUAAAUACGCUCAGAAAUAAUUUCUCUUCCCAUGUGAUCUGACUGCAGAAAUCUCCAUCUAGGUACGUCGUGAAUACGAAAACCAGGCAGGACUGUGCUAGGCCUUUCUGGAUGUUAUGGAUAGCACUUGUUAAAUUGGCGAGAAACUGCUGGUUUUCCACAAGGUAGCAAUAAAAGGCAAAAUGGCUCGAUUGUGUGUAAUUUUUGAGAAGCCUUCUCCAACAGAGCCCCAAACUGUCGGUUCUCACGCAGAAACGAUGCACUUUUCCUGCCGUCUGUCUGCAACUGAGCAGGCGGAGAGAGAAGGAAACAAACAUCAUGUCAAGCGGUCUUCUGUGAGCAGAACUGGAAACAAAGCUGAGACACACGUGGGUCUCCUUUUCUUACUGGCAUUUGGUAAAUUCCGUCAUGGGAAGCCGGUGCCCGGGUUGGCUGCCGCUUGGGGGAUUUUUAAAGCACGGUUGUGGUCUGAAAAGCAGACUUGUAAAAGUGACAUUAUAACUGCUGCGUGUUCUCUCUGAUUCACUUCGAAAAAUCCACCUUUUGACUUGCAAAGGCAACUUCUGUGCCACCAACCAUCUCCCACUCAGUGUGAAAACCCGGCUGGCUUAGUUCUCCCUCCAGCCUCUAAAGUCCCCAGGUGGACCAGCACUGCACACGGCAGGACAUAAUCACCCUUCGGGUGCUCAGUUGGCUCCUGCGGGGCUCCCGGGAGUAAAAACUCCUUUGCCCAGAUCAGAUCCGCUCAGCUUCCCUGACAGCCAAGGUCGCUUUCUGACCACAAUUGCUGCACUCUCAUAUUGUUGAUUUGGUACGAAAUUCAGCUAAGCUUGACCUGACUGUUAUCCCCAGUAGACUGUGAAUAAGUAUGAAGAGCCCCACAACCCCCCCAUGCCUCCCGUUCCCCUUUUCAAAAGGUAAAACCAACACAAUAUUCAAAGGGGGGGGGUGUUUUUUAAACAAAGGGAAAGGAAAGUUCUGAAAUUUAUAAACACCUUUUUUCCGCAUCUUUUUUCUUUUACCUGUAAAGAGUCUAAAACAAAUGUAGGAAUUUUGUAAAACUCCAGGUCGCUUUACUUGUGUAAAUAUAUAUAUAUUUUUUAAUCAGAUGUAUGAAGAACAAAAAAUAUGAUGUGCAAUACCCCAACCCUCUUCCAGCUCCGACGACUCCUCCUUCCUUUCUAACGAGUUUUCAUUUGUAUAUCGUUAAUGGAUUUGCUGUUGUCUUCGGGUUUUUUUCCCUUUUUUGUGAGGUUAGACUCGCUUUUCAACAACAAAACUCUCUCUUACCGCAAAAGCUUUUUGUAUCUGUAAUAUAUUGUAAGUAAAUAUUUGUGUAAUGAGAUAUACUACUGUAAGUUUUGUACUGUACUGGCUGAAAGUCUGUUAUAAAUAAACAUGAGUAAUUUAA